AUGUAUCCUCCAAAGGGCCACACUCCGAUCAACAUUUCCGUUGUUUCGCAGAGCUCGGACGUCUGCCUCUCGGCUCUCCACGCCGGCGUCGUGGGGCUGCGAGGCGGCUCCGUGCAGUUCCGCGAAGCAGGCGCGUCGCCCAUCAACGGAACCAUCGCCAACCGCGUGGUGUCUCGGUCCGGGGACCCGGCUGUUGCCUACGCGUUCGUGAGGGAGAAUCAGCCGGCGCACUUCGCGGAACACGACUUGACAGAGAAGGUCCUUGUUCAUAACUCAUACUUUCAAGACUCCCUUCACUUGAGUUGUGUAGCCGAGAGGCCAGACGUCAAUCUUAACAAAAGCAACAUUGCCAGACUGGAGUAUGAAGAAUAUAAGGCCAAAGCAGAUGUGUUCCAAGCUCGUUAUACAAGCCGUGGUAACCAAUGUACAUUUCCUUUUGAUUAUGAAAGAAAUAGUUACUGGGAAUGCGUGGAUGAUUGGUGUUACACUCAUUAUCCAGAUUGGGAGUAUUGUUCAUCCGCAAAAGGGCCGUGGCGCGUUCACUGGGUUAAGCCCAAGUCCUCGAAUCUGCAUGCGUUCCGGUGUUUAGGGACGUCACCGGCUGCGGAUAUUCUCGCUGUCAUCCAGGCUCGUGGUCGCUUCUGGCGCCGCCCCUCUCCAGAGACGUACACGGCCGCGAGUUCGACUUUCAGAGCCAGUCGGGGCGACCGCCUCGAGGUCCAGCUGGAGAGAGACCCUCAAGCGGCGGCUGAGGUCUUCUUCAGGAGAUUCCCAGACGACUGGAGGUAUACGAGUAACAACGUUGCGACGACCAGUCUUCCCCUGACAGUGGAUCCCGUCUCCCCCGCCCAUAAUGGAGUCUACCUUCUUGGGAACUCGGGAACAAGACGUUGGGGCAAGGAUACUGAAAAAGAAAUUGGGUCAAAUGGAGCUUACUUUCAUCUGGUUGUACGGGACUGUGAGGCUGGUAGAUAUGGAUGGAACUGCGAGUCAUGGUGUCCUGACUGUGAGAACGGGGGCAUCUGCCAUCCACGGACUGGUGCUUGCAUCUGUCCUCCGGGGUACUCUGGUCCAACGUGUCAAAGUGCUUGUCCCCAGAACAAGUUCGGUUCAGAUUGCCAGUUGGAGUGUUCAAAGGCCACUCUAGGGUUCGACUUACCUCGAGAAGGAAGCUGCCACCACUUGACGAUCUGCCUUCCUGAUCCGUAUGGGUGCUCUUGCGCGGCCGGAUACACGGGCCCGUUGUGCGACGAGCAUUGCAGGAAGGGCAGCUAUGGCGCUGGUUGCACUCUGAGCUGUGAAAACUUUUGUAAAAACGGUGACUGUGAUCCUACGACUGGAAAGUGCUCUUAUGGGUGCAGAGUGGGCGUCCCAUGUAGUGACGAUGGCACUGUCCUGGACGUGCCUCGACUCGCGCGGCCGCCAGGCAUCGCGGGCGUGAACAGCACUACUGCCCUGGUGACCUUCUCUUCGUGGGACGGAGACACCGACGACGGGUCUCCUGACUUCCCCGUCACAGGCUACCGCGUCCUCUACAGGGCGGCAGUCCAGGACGCAGAAUGGCACGUGGUUGACAGUCCAGGUUCUCACAGUGGUGACAGAUCUGUCCAGCUGAAAGACCUCUGGCCCGGGUUUGAAUACAAUGUUCGGGUGUUGGUCAUGACCGACAGCGGCUUGGUUGAUGGUUCCACGAACCAGCGUGUCCAGGGUGCCGACUUCAUCACAAAUUGCUCAGAUCCCAGCAUCGCAGAGGUUGAGACAACGAAGGUUACCAAUUCCUCUGCCUCCCUAAGUUGGUCACUGCACGUCCACGUUCAUCCUCGCUGCGAAGUGACGUAUGUUCUCGAGUUCAGUAAGAAGUCAGGAGGAACCCAAAUACGAAGAGAAACGAACGCGACUUCCUUCACUGUCGAUGGUUUGGAUCCAGACACUGAAUACGAGCUCACGAUCGGACUCUACAGUGGCAUCGCGAGAGAACCAAAGUUUUUGGAGCGAUGGUCUUUCAGGACCCUAAUGAGCCCUCCACUAGCGCCUAUCCUGAAGCUGGAGGUGACAGCCAUCCAAGUAAUAAAAGUCAAGUUGGAUCUUCCCCGACAGUCGAGUCGUGUUGACAUUUACGAUGUGAGACAAGCUUCUCAAGUAUGAAGCCUGCAAGGGCCGUGUCCGCCAAGCUGCAUCUCAUGAACACCAUACGGCUACCGAGAUCUAUCUCAACCU